UCCCCCUUUUUGUCUUUCUCUCUCUCUCUCUCUGUUUGGCUCUCGAUUUCAAUUUCCGAGAACCGCUAGGGUUUUCUGGUUCGGGCCAUGAGUCUCCGGAAGGGCUCCAAGGUCUGGGUCGAGGACCGCGAUUCCGCCUGGCUCCCCGCCGAGGUCGCCGACUUCAAAGGCAAGCACGUCCAGCUCCUCGCCGCUUCCGGCAACAAGGUUUUGGCGUCGCCGGAGAAGCUGUAUCCGAGGGACGCCGAUGAGGACGAGCAUGGCGGAGUCGACGACAUGACCAAAUUGACCUACUUGAACGAGCCGGGAGUGCUCUACAAUCUCAGGAGGAGAUAUGCUCUUAAUGAUAUCUAUACAUAUACAGGGAGCAUUUUGAUUGCCGUUAAUCCAUUCACUAAGCUUCCACAUCUAUACAAUGUACAUAUGAUGGAGCAAUAUAAGGGAGCUCCUUUUGGCGAGCUAAGCCCCCAUGUGUUUGCCGUGGCUGAUGCAUCUUAUAGAGCAAUGAUGUCUGAGGGUUGUAGCCAAUCAAUACUUGUCAGUGGUGAAAGUGGAGCUGGGAAAACAGAGACAACGAAACUGAUUAUGCAGUACCUUACUUAUGUAGGAGGUCGGGCCGCUAGUGAUGAGAGAACUGUUGAGCAGCAGGUUCUUGAAUCAAAUCCCCUGCUGGAGGCUUUUGGGAAUGCGAGGACUGUUAGAAAUGACAAUUCAAGUCGUUUUGGCAAGUUUGUUGAGAUUCAGUUUGAUGCAAACGGGAGAAUAUCUGGAGCUGCAAUCAGAACUUACCUGUUGGAGAGAUCCCGUGUUGUGCAGAUAACAGACCCGGAAAGGAAUUACCACUGUUUUUACCAAUUGUGCGCAUCUGGAAAGGAUGCAGAGAAGUACAAGUUGGACCAUCCAAGCCACUUUCACUACCUGAAUCAAAGCAAGACGUAUGAACUGGAUGGAGUCAGCAAUGCAGAAGAAUACAUGAAGACAAGAACAGCAAUGGAUAUUGUUGGCAUCAACCACGAAGAACAGGAAGCAAUAUUUCGCACCUUGGCUGCGAUCCUACAUUUGGGAAAUGUUGAAUUUUUACCUGGAAAAGAGCAUGACUCUUCUGUUCUAAAGGAUCAGAAAUCCAGCUUUCAUAUGCAGAUGGCUGCAAAUCUUUUUAUGUGUGAUGAAAACCUCUUGUUAGCCACAUUAUCUACUCGUACAAUCCAAACUCGUGAAGGAAUCAUUAUUAAAGCUCUAGAUUGUAAUGGUGCUGUUUCGAGUAGAGAUGCAUUGGCAAAGACUGUUUAUGCUCGAUUGUUUGAUUGGCUUGUUGAGAAGAUUAACCGGUCUGUUGGGCAAGACUUGAAUUCCCAAAUGCAGAUUGGAGUUUUGGACAUUUAUGGUUUUGAGUGCUUUAAAGACAACAGUUUUGAGCAAUUUUGCAUCAAUUUUGCUAAUGAGAAGCUGCAGCAGCAUUUUAACGAGCAUGUAUUCAAGAUGGAGCAGGAGGAGUAUAGCAAAGAGGAAAUCAAUUGGAGCUACAUUGAAUUUAUAGACAACCAAGAUGUUCUAGAUUUGAUUGAGAAGAAACCUCUUGGGAUCAUUGCUCUGUUGGAUGAAGCUUGCAUGUUUCCGAAAUCAACACACCACACAUUUUCAACCAGGUUGUUUCAGAGUUUCCGUGACCACCCAAGGUGGGAGAAGGCAAAAUUUUCGGAGACAGAUUUUACUUUGUCCCACUAUGCUGGAAAGGUCACUUAUCACACAGAUUACUUUUUGGAUAAGAACCGUGAUUAUGUUGUGGUAGAACACUGCAAUCUUUUGUCUUCAUCAAAAUGCCCCUUUGUUGCUAACCUUUUCUGCUCGCUACCUGAAGAAUCAUCAAGAUCAUCGUACAAAUUUUCUUCUGUAGCCACUAGAUUUAAGCAACAACUUCAAGCAUUGAUGGAAACCCUCAAUACAACAGAACCUCAUUAUGUACGCUGUGUUAAGCCAAACUCAUUGAAUCGACCACAGAAAUUUGAGAAUCUGAGCAUCUUGCACCAAUUACGCUGUGGGGGUGUCCUAGAGGCUGUUCGGAUAAGUCUGGCAGGUUAUCCCACACGUAGGACUUACUCAGAGUUUGUAGAUCGUUUUGGAUUAUUAGCUCGUGAAUAUGUGGACGUAAGCUAUGAUGAAAAAUCUACAACUGAGAAAAUUCUGAAGAAUUUAAAGCUUGCAAAUUUUCAGUUGGGUAAACACAAAGUGUUUCUUAGGGCUGGUCAAAUCGGAGUUUUGGACUCCAGACGCGCUGAGGUCUUGGACAAUGCUGCAAAGCGUAUACAAUGUCGGUUGCGAACAUUGCUUGCUCGCAGGAAUUUUGUUUCAACUCGUGCUGCUGCAGUUGCACUUCAAGCUUUUUGUAGAGGAUUCCUUGCUAGAUCACUGUAUGCUGAAAAACGAGAGACAGCUGCUGCUAUUUUCAUUCAGAAACAUGUUCGAAGGUGGCUAUCGAGGCAUGCUUAUGUUGAAUUACAUUCAGCUGCUGUUACCAUGCAGUCCAAUAUUCGUGGUUUUUCAACCCGCCUAAGAUUUGUCCAUGGAAAGAAACAUAAAGCUGCUACUGUGAUCCAGGCUCGAUGGAGGAUGCGCAAGGUUCGCUCAGCUUUUAAACAUCAUCAAGCUUCUAUUGUAGCCCUACAAUGUCUUUGGAGGCGGAAGUUGGCAAAGAGAGAACUCCGAAAGCUUAAGAAGGAGGCAAAUGAAAGUGGUGCCUUACGUUUAGCUAAGAAUAAACUCGAGAAGCAGAUGGAAGAUCUCACAUGGCGAUUGCAACUUGAAAAAAGAAUACGGGUUUCUAAUGAAGAAGCUAAGUCAGCUGAAAUUUCAAAGCUUCACAAAGUGGUGGAAUCUUUGAACCUCGAGUUAGAUGCAUCAAAACUGGCAACAAUUAAUGAGUGCAACAAGAAUGCAGUGCUACAAAAUCAAUUGGAACUGUCAGGGAAAGAAAGAUCUGCUUUGGAAAGAGAACUCAUUGAUAUGGCCGGAUUGAGAAAGGAAAAUGCUGUUUUAAAAAGUUCGUUGGAUGCUUUGGAUAAGAAGAACUCUAACCUAGAGAGUGAGCUACUCAAGGCUCAGAAAAUCAGCAAUGACACCAUUAGGAAGCUGCAAGAAUUCGAACAAAAGUGUAAAGAUCUCCAACAGAAUGUCAGCAGUCUGAAGGAGAAACUUUCAGUUUUGGAGGAUGAGAAUCAUAUCAUGCGACAAAAGGCCCUUGCUGUGACUCCAAAGAGCACUCGACGUGGUUAUGAAAUGGCAUCAAUUCCUGAGAAGAACUCUGGUGCACUUGUUCCUCACACAGAUCGAAGGCCUGAAUUUGAAUCACCCACACCUUCAAAAAUGAUAACACCCUUUUCACAUGGCCGGUCUGAAUCCCGGCGAACAAAGUUAGCAGCGGAGAGGCACCAGGAGAACUAUGAAUUCCUAUCAAGGUGUAUUAAAGAAGAUAUUGGGUUUAAAGACAGUAAACCAUCAGCGGCUUGUAUCAUAUACAAAUGCCUUCUUCAGUGGCAUGCUUUCGAGUCUGAGCGGACAGUUAUUUUUGACCAUAUAAUCGAGGGGAUAAAUGAAGUUCUAAGGGUUGGAGAUGAGAACAUUACCUUGCCAUAUUGGCUGUCCAAUGCCUCAGCACUUCUGUGUCUUCUGCAGAGGAAUUUACGACCAAAUGGUUUCCCACCAACUCAGCGUUCAGCAGGGUCUUCCAGUUUAGCUCUAAGGAUUGCUCAUGGACUGACAUCACCAUUCAAACAAGGAGAUGCUAUGUCACAUCUAGAAGCAAGAUAUCCAGCUAUACUAUUCAAACAACAACUUACUGCUUGCGUAGAGAAGAUUUUUGGGUUGAUGCGUGACAUUUUGAAGAAGGAAUUGUCCCCGCUACUGGGAUCAUGCAUUCAGGCGCCUAAAGCUGCACGAGUUCAUGCCGGGAAGUCUAGAUCACCUGGUAAUGCGCCUCAACAAUUACCUGGGAGUCAGUGGGACAACAUAAUCAAGUUUUUGGAUACCCUAAUGAUUCGAUUGCGUGGAAAUCAUGUACCUUCAUUUUUUAUUCGCAAGCUAAUUAUACAGGUCUUUUCAUUCAUAAAUAUGUCACUUUUUAACAGUCUGCUUCUGCGACGUGAGUGUUGCACAUUUUCAAAUGGAGAAUAUGUAAAAUCAGGUCUAGCUGAACUGGAGAAGUGGAUUGUCAACACAGGGGAUGAGUUUGCAGGAACCUCAUGGCACGAGCUAAAUUAUAUUAGGCAAGCUGUUGGUUUUCUGGUAAUUCAUCAGAAGAGGAGAAAAUCUCUGGAUGAGAUCAGGCAGGACCUUUGUCCGGCAUUGACAGUUAGGCAAAUCUAUCGAAUUAGUACCAUGUACUGGGAUGACAAAUACGGCACUCAGAGUGUGUCCAAUGAGGUGGUUGCCCAAAUGAGGGAACUUCUUAACAAGGACAAUCAGAAUCUAACCUCCAAUUCAUUCUUGUUGGAUGAUGAUUUAAGCAUUCCUUUCUCUACAGAAGAUAUUGACAAGGCAAUUCCUCUUAUUGAUCCUUCAGAUAUUGAAAUUCCAUCUUCCUUGUCUGGUUAUUCUUGUGUUCAGUUUCUUGUUCCACACCAAAAUGAAAUAGUACGUUCAUCCGAAAUAGUUGCUGCAUAAAGCUUGUUUUGAAUUCAAAGGUUAACGCAGUGCCCUGAAGUUUACAGUUGUAGGCAACCAUGGCUUCUCUCCACCCACAAAAAAUAUGGAGCAGUAGUCAUCUAAAUAUUAGAGGGUGACUCCAUACAUUGCUCUAAUUUGUUGCUAAGUGUUCAGGGGAUUCAUCAGGCCUGAUGAAUUCAUUUUAAAUCAUUUGUAGGUGUAGGACUGGUUUGCUGUAAUUAGGUUUCAUUAUAUUUUGUUGGGUUCUUUAUUCUUUUUUUCCUUUCUGGGGGAGGGUUGUGGAUAGUUGAACUUCGUCUUCAAGGCGACACUUUGUACCGACCGAAUCUGGUUCAUGUUGUAUUAUAAUGUUAAAUGUAAAUUUAUUUCUCUGUA